AAUGAAACCAAAUGCUCGCUUUUUAACUUGUUGAGAUAUCCUCUCUUUUUAACGAGAACGAGAGCGGAAAGAAAGAAAAAUGAUUAAUCCAAUUUUUUAGGUUAAAUUCUUGAUUAUUUUUCAAAUUUCAAGGUUUUGUUAGCCAUUUUGAUCACACGUCUUUAAAACUCCUUGGCAUUUAAAAAUGAUGGAGGGACCGUUAUAUUGAAAGUUUUCGUGCUUGGAUCUAAGAAUUUGGUUAAAUAUCAAAUUAAGCACAGACUGAGGUAAGAGAUUUAAGCAAUUGAAAUUUAGUGAUUAAUUAGGGUGUACAAGUAGCAACAUUCUUUUCCUUUCAGAACUUUUUUUAUUUUUUAGGAUCUGACCUGCAAAAUCGUUAAUUUAUGACAUAAUAUUGCCACUUGUUAUAGAACUUAAAACAAUUAUUGCAGUUCAUCCUUCUUUCAUAUGAAAUUCAAGUUUCUUUCAAAGAAUUUGUUAACUUUUUUUUUUUAAUUUAUAAUGUGAAGUUCAAUUAACAUAACUAUUUGCUGGAGUUACCUUUUAUUUUGAUUUUGAGUUUAGCUGAAUUGGUGAAGGUCUCCAAGGACAGAAAUGGCUGGCAGAGAUAAUUUCACAUGGAUUCCCCAGGGGAUACCUGUUUAAUUAAUAUAAUUCAGACGGUUAAUUGGUUGUUAGAAAUAUUUCUUAAUUUUGUUUACCGUUUAAUUGUCAAAAUAGUUAGAGGAAUAUAUUUCACCAAUAACCAGAUCAAAGUUUCUAAUUUGAUGAUACACCAUGUUCUCAGAGAAAUUUACUUACUUAUAUAAAAUGUCGCCUUGUCUUUUUCUUAUCUUUUUUGUACAACAGAAAUCGUAGCAUGGAAAAACAGAAGGAGUUGAAUGUGUUAGAUUUGAAUUCUAAACUUGUUAGAUGUCACAUCUUAAUGUGAUUGUAUGAACCAACGAGACAAACACAGGUUCAUAUCUUUGUUUUUUGUGGUAGAAGCUCGAUGGAUAUGUUUUCUCAUUGCUCAUAGGCUUAAUGAUUUUAAGUCUACUACUCUUUUUGGUUGUCAGGGUAGUUUUUAUCAAACCAGGUAAUGAUCAUAGGCUUAAUGAUUUUAAGUCUACUAUUUUUGGUUGUCAGGGUAGUUUUUAUCAAACCAGGUAAUGAUGUGUUGUAGGUGACAUCAUUUUGUAGGAAUCUCCAUUUACGGAUCUUCCUCAAAAUGAUGUGGAACUUACACCAGAUAAAGUCAAGGAUGAAAAGGAAGGAGGUCCUACAUUUCACUGUGACCUUUGUGAUGCAGAACUAGUUUACACGAUUGCUCAAGCAUUCCUCCCAGGGUUAUCUACAGCUUGUGUUGACAAUACAACUGGUGAUGUUUUCAAGUCCCCUGGUUCAGUAGCAGCUGAAAUUAGAAAAGAAAUGGUGGAGUAUCUAACGCAAAGAAGUGAAACUUUUGUGGCUGAAUCUGUGGUCUUGGAUGCUGGUCUAGAGGUACAAGCAUCUGACCAUCCUUACGAUAUCAUUGCAUUCUUGAUUGAUGAAUUUGCAACUACAAAGAGGAAUUUGUUCAGUCGAGUUUCGGAAUGGUUACUAAGUGAUAAAAGAGAAGACAAGAUAGAUGAUUUUUCACAAGAAAUGGAAAUUAAUGGAUUUUGGUCGAUAGACAAGAGAGAAGCAAUUGUACAAACUUUGCUGAAGAAUGUUGACUUAAAGAAUGAAUUUCACUGUGACAUGAAAUUUUAUUCAGCUGAUGAACUUGCUCAACAUGUGCCAACUUGCAAAUAUAGAUCAAUGACCUGCCAAAAUGAAGGUUGUUAUGCCAAAUAUUCAAUUAGCCAAAUGGAGAACCAUGAUUCAGUUUGCCCUUAUAAGAUGAUUCCUUGUGAACAAAAAUGCUUGGCUAGCCUCAUGAGACGUGAUAUGGAUAGACACUGCAUAACUGUCUGCCCGAUGAAGCUUGUGAACUGCCCUUUCUAUUCAGUGGGUUGCAAAUCUGCCAUACCCCAAUGUAAGAUUGAAGAACAUCGUUCCUUGGACUUUCAUUCUCACCUGCUAUAUAUUCUUCAAGGCAUUCACAAGGAAGCAUCUGUAGAGGUUCUAAGAAAACGAGUGGAGCAACUACUACAGAAAUAUUCUAGUAAGCUAGCGAACAUCCGAGAUUUGAGAUCACUAACAUACAAAGUCAAGGAUCUUGAUGCAAAGCUUGGGCCGCUGAAAGUUUGUGCAACAAACGAAGUUGAUGUAGCCACAAAGACUGCAGGAAAGCUUCAAAUUUUGGAAGCUAGUGACACCAACAAGGUUACAGAAAAAGGUGCAGAAACCAGAGUCGUAGGUUUUGAAGCAAAGCCUCAAUCAUUAGAAGUUACCCCUACAAAUAAAGACAGUAUAGAAGCUGUAAAAGCUGAAAUAAAGGAUUCUGAAGCAAAACUGCAGUCAUUAGGCGUUAAAUCAUUAAACAAAGUUAGUAAAGAAGGUUUAAAAACCAAAGCCACAGAUGUUGAAGCGAAGCCGCAAUCAUUAGAAAAUACUAUAACCAACAAAGAUAGUGGAGUAGCUCCAGGAACGACAGUAAACCACCAUGAAGCAAGGCCUCCAUCCUUAGAAGUUACUCCUAAAAAGGUUAGUGAAGCAACAAUAGAGAAUUCAGUCAAGGAUGUUGAAGGAAAGGUUCGACUUUCAAAAGUUAGCACUGGAGAAAACUGGUGAAGAUGGCAAUGGAACUUCAAACCAUGGUCCUAAAACAAAGUAGAAAGCUAAAGGUACGACUUGUUGGCUAACAGUUAUUACAUUAUAUGAAGAAAUCUUCUGCUGCUCAUACAUAUAACUGCAUGUUGACUUUUCCCUAUAUUCUUUCUUUUCUUGGACUUGGGUUAUAUGCUUGGCCCUUUUUGUUAGCUAUCAUUCUGUUUUUAGCACAAUUGUCAUUACAAUUUUGGGACAUUAAAUAGAAUUUCGUAGGUGAGAAUGUAUUUAUA